UCACUGAGAGGAGAAAUGGCACAGAAAGGAGUUCAGCUGGACCAGGAAACCUUCUCCUGUUCGAUCUGUCUGGAUCUACUGAAGGAUCCAGUGACUAUUCCCUGUGGACACAGCUACUGUAUGAACUGUAUUAAAACCCACUGGGAUGAAGAAGAUCAGAAGAAAAUCCACAGCUGCCCUCAGUGUAGACAGACCUUCACACCGAGGCCUGUCCUGAUGAAAAACACCAUGUUAGCAGUUUUAGUGGAGGAGCUGAAGAAGACUGGACUCCAAGCUGCUCCUGCUGAUCACUGCUAUGCUGGACCUGAAGAUGUGGCCUGUGAUGUCUGCACUGGAAGGAAACUGAAAGCUGUCAAGUCCUGUUUGGUUUGUCUGGUCUCUUACUGUGAGAAACACCUGCAGCCUCAUUAUGAUGUGGCUCCAUUAAAGAAACACAAGCUGGUGGACCCCUCCAAGAAGCUCCAGGAGAACAUCUGCUCUCGUCACGAUGAGGUGAUGAAGAUGUUCUGUCGUACUGAUCAGCAGUGUAUCUGUUAUCUCUGCUCUGUGGAUGAACAUAAAGGCCACGACACAGUCUCAGCUGCAGCAGAAAGGACUGAGAGGCAGAGAGAGCUGGAGCUGAGUCGACUAAAAAUCCAGCAGAGAAUCCAGGACAGAGAGAAAGAUGUGAAGGAGCUUCAACAGGAGGUGGAGGCUAUCAAUCGCUCUGCUGAUAAAACAGCGGAGGACAGUGAGAAGAUGUUCACUGAGCUGAUCCAUCUGAUGGAGAAAAGAAGGUCUGAUGUGAAGCAGCAGAUCAGAUCCCAGCAGAAAACUGAAGUGAGUCGAGUCAAAGAGCUUCAGGAGAAGCUGCAGCAGGAGAUCACUGAGCUGAAGAGGAAAGAUGCUGAGCUGAAGCAGCUCUCACACACAGAGGAUCACAACCAGUUUCUACAUAACUACCCCUCACUGUCACAACUCAGUGAAUCUACAGACUCAUCCAGCAUCAAGAUCCGUCCUCUGAGGUACUUUGAGGAUGUGACAGCAGCUGUGUCAGAGCUCAGAGAUAAACUACAGGACAUUCUGACAGAGAAAUGGACAAACAUCUCACUGACACUGACUGAAGAGGAUGUUUUACUGUCACAACCAGAGCCCAAGACCAGAGCUGAGUUCUUAAGAUAUUCACAGGAAAUCACACUGGAUCCAAACACUGUAAACACAUGGCUGUUAUUAUCUGAGGGAAACAGAAGAGCAACAUUAACUAGAGAGGACCAGUCUUACUCUAGUCACCCAGACAGAUUCAUGAGAUGGUCUCAGGUCCUGAGUAGUCUGAGUGGAUGCUGUUACUGGGAGGUGGAGUGGAGAGGAGAAGAGGUCAGUGUAGCAGUCGCAUACAAGAAUAUCAGCAGAGAAGGGAUCUCAUAUGAAUGUGGAUUUGGACACAAUGAUAAAUCUUGGGCGUUAAAUUGUGACAAACAAAUCUAUAAAUUCUGGUUCAACAAUAUCCAAACUCCAGUCUCAGGUCCUCAGUCCUCCAGAGUAGGAGUGUACCUGGAUCACAGAGCAGGUAUUCUGUCCUUCUACAGCGUCUCUGAAACCAUGACUCUCCUCCACAGAGUCCAGACCACAUUCACUCAGCCUCUCUAUGCUGGACUUUCACUUUAUUCUUCUUAUGGAGACACUGCUGAGUUCUGUAAACUAACAUAAGACAAAAGUCAUUUAAGGGUCUGUGGGUCAAAAUCUGUAUUUUAGUUCAUGAAUUAUAUUGUCUCCAUGUUUGUUGCUAAAAGCUCAUUGUUGUGUCAUUUCUGCACAGAGAUCACCUGUCAAUCAAUCAAUGAUUGACAGCUCUUUAUCUUCUCACUUUUUGUUGGUUGUCUUCCACUGCAUGGACCUUAGCAGAGGAAUCACCAGACCUUCUUUUGUCAUAGAUACUUUGUUCUCACUUUAUAAAGAAAGAAAUCUGUAAUUACACUUACAUUUAUUCAUUUAAAAGAUCAAAUGUUCUUGUUCUUUAUUUUCUUUUCCAUAUGUGAGAUUCAGGUUAAACAAACUGAUUGUGUGGAUGAAGUGAAUCUG